CAGUACUGUCCACGCUACAGUCAUUACAGGCGCAGAAGAAGAAUGCUGCCGGAAGGACAGGGGCUUUAGGAAGGACGGAUUUCUGCCGACUGGAACCGAACCGGGAAAGAUGCUGACUAAUAUAUCCAGUCUGUUGAGGGCUUGCGCUCAGAAGAGUGGCGCUGCAGCAGCAGUCUCCGUGCGCUCCUAUUCAGACUUCACAACCCAGGCUACUUUUGAAAUAAAGAAAUGCGACCUCCAUAAACUGGAUGAGGCUCCGGCCACUGAGGUGGUGAUGACUCGUGAGGAGGGCCUGAAGUAUUACCAUAUCAUGCAGACCAUCAGGCGGAUGGAGCUGAAGGCUGACCAGCUGUAUAAGCAGAAGAUCAUCAGAGGGUUCUGCCACUUGUAUGAUGGCCAGGAAGCCUGUGCUGUUGGUAUCGAAGCAUCCAUUAAUAUGAGCGAUCACCUGAUCACUGCGUACCGUGCCCACGGCUACACCUACACCCGGGGAGGCACUGUGAAGAAGAUUAUGGCUGAACUCACAGGUAGAAGAGGAGGUAUUGCAAAGGGCAAAGGAGGUUCUAUGCACAUGUAUUGUAAAAACUUCUAUGGUGGAAACGGAAUCGUUGGAGCUCAGGUUCCUCUUGGUGCUGGUGUGGCGCUGGCCUGCAAGUAUCAGGGCAACAAUGAGCUUUGUGUCUGUCUGUACGGGGAUGGUGCUGCCAACCAGGGUCAGAUUUUUGAAACGUACAACAUGGCAUCUCUGUGGAAGUUGCCCGUCAUCUUCAUCUGUGAGAACAACAGGUACGGCAUGGGCACAUCAGUGGAGCGAGCUGCAGCCAGCACAGACUACUACAAGAGAGGAGAGUUUAUUCCUGGACUUAGGGUUGAUGGGAUGGAUGUUCUUUGUGUUCGUGAAGCAACAAGGUUUGCAGCCGAACACUGCCGGUCUGGCAAGGGCCCCAUUCUCAUGGAACUGCAGACAUACCGCUAUCACGGCCACAGCAUGAGCGAUCCUGGCAUCAGCUACCGGACCCGUGAGGAGAUCCAGGAGGUUCGCAGUAAGAGUGACCCCAUCUCUCUGCUGAAGGAUCGUCUCCUCAGCAACAACAUGGCAAGCGUGGAAGAGUUGAAGGUGAUUGAUGUGGAGGUGAGGAAAGAAAUUGAAGAUGCUGCUCAGUUUGCCACCACAGAUCCAGAGCCACCUCUGGAUGAAUUGUGCAAUCACAUGUUUUCCAACAAUCCACCGGUGGAGGUGCGUGGCACGAACCCGUGGGCCAAGCUCAAGUCUGUUAGCUAAACUCUUUGUUCUUCUGUUACCUCAUCAGCCCAAAACAUAUUCAAUACCCAUUUUAUUUGUAAGUAAAUCACUAACAGCUACAUUGUACCAAAAGUUCUAACCUCAGUUGAAUUCAUGAAAUCUGCAUUUAAACAGCUGGAGGGCCUUUAGCACAUUUGCAGAAACUCAGUCUUUGUCUUUUCCUGUCUGGGAUUAUUCAUAUCUGCACAAAUCGUUUUUGAGUUGUAGAACAUACUCCAUGUUCUUGACAUUGCUGUAAUGUAUGGUGACCCUUUGUAAUACAUUUUAAAUGUUACAGAAAAAUAAUGUGAGAAAUUAUGUUUUAUAAUUUGGAUAAACCUCAGAUAGACCUCAAGUGAAUUUUCUCCAACUGUUUCAUUGAGGAAUUUCUUUUAUUUUACCUUAUCUAUUGAUAAAAAAAAAAAAAAUUACUUCACCUUUUAAAUUAGUUUUAUGUACUGAGGUUUACAUACUAAUAAUUCACAGAACAUUGCAACUCUGUAAAAUGUGUUUGAAACAUCCUGUCAUCAAUCUUGGUAUCUGUGGGUAAAAGGUUCAGUCCUCACGUGUUCUCUGAAAUAAAAAAGCAAAGUGGCUCCUCCUCUCAAAAAAACAUUGUGUCCUAAAAAACUCUUCUUUUUCACAUAAAUCUACACAAUAACUGUAUAAUUCACUCAACAUUCUUUUGUCCCCGUGGAUACAGAAACAUGACAAAAGGUAGCAGGUUAGUGCUUGACUGUUUUGCUUUUUUUAUAAACCAGUUUUUCUUUUUGUGUAUAAAAAGGGGCAAAGAAAACACUAAAAACAUUUAUUUUGCCAAACCAAAGAUCUGCCUGACAGACCUGCAGCUAUGAAGCGAAAGGAUGGGGCUCUGAAGCAGGACUGGACUGUUUACAUCUGUAUUCAUUUGAGUAAACCCACAUUUUGAGCUCAGUCUUUUUGUUUUCCAUAUUUGAGAAAAGGUCAUUGGAUUCCCCUUAGCAACUGCAGGAAGCAUAAAACUGGUCACAUCAGAUAAUUGAUGUACAUCCAUCCAGGUGUGAUGGUGAAGUUCCCUUUUCAAACCUAAGAAACAUGAGACAUUGAGUUUUUAGCUCUGCCAUAGCUAACUUACAAUUUUUGAGGAUAACUGUAAGAAUAAAUUGUUUUUGGUUUAAAAAAUUUCAGGUUCACGUUGAUUGUUUUAUGAAACCCCUUAGGCAGACCAGAAGCCGGGGGGGGGGGUGUUCUUAAUACAAAAUGUUGCUUUUCACUUAUCAAUUCAAGUCUUUGUUCAACUUGAAGUGGCUGAUGUGAUUAUUUGGGGAAAACUGUUGCAUUAUGGGGAGAUGUAAUUAAUGCAAGGGAAGAAUUUAUGUUUCUGUGUAAUAAAAAUGUUGGAAGAUA